GAAAAUGGAGAGAGAGAGAGAUAGAAGACUCCCCUGUCAAGCCAGAAGGAGGAGGAAGGAAGGAUCUGAUCAAGCCCAGCGAUGGCAGCAACGGGAAUGCCGGCGAUGGCGUCGACGGAAGGUCUGCCAUGGACGCCGACGAUGGUUUCGACGACGACGACUAAGGCAGAGGGAAGUUGAAAGAUGUGAACGUCGAUGGCGGCAAGGGGAAGGCCGGCUAUGGCGGCGACGGAAAGGUCUGCCAUGGACGUGAGUGAUGGUCCUGCCGAUGAUUGCUUAG